AUGGGCACCACCAAGCAGCUUCAGAAGUCGCGCACCGCGGGCACACUUACCAAGACGAAGAUCACUCAGGCGCAGAGCAUCGAGGUGAUGCAGACGCUCCUUCACAGCGGAAUUAGCACACUAUCGUGGUACCGCAACUUCUUCUCCGAGUACGCCUUUGACGAAGUAACAUACGAAGCGGGCCGCAUUCCGUCCUACGGAGAGUAUGCGUAUGGCGAUCGUGCUGACGACGAGCAAGCCGCUGGCGUUGGUGAUGGCAAGAAAUCCCACCAAGAGGGUCUUCGAAUGUGUCUGCUUCGGCGUAAGCGAAGCUCACGUGUGGACAGGCUGCUCGAUGGGCUGGUACGUGGACUGCAGAUCCUUUGCAAUUGAAGCAGAGCUAAUAUGAGGCCACAGGAGACGAACGUCUUUCCAGCUCUUGCAGAAGGUCGACUGCGAGCAUUGCAAAUCCUUGUGCACUCAGACCCAAGUGACAGGGCAAAAGUCCUUGAGACGUACACUUUCACUAUCAAGUAUGAUGCCGAGUCAGAAGGCGACAGAGUCGCCGCUGGCAUAGAAAUGGGAGGCUCGGGCGAUGAACCCGUUACUGUUGAAGAGACCAACUUGAAGUUUCGGAUAUUGCAAAAGGCCGUCAUGCAGAUGUGCGAGAAGCUUCCUGACCUACCAGGUAAGAUCACAGUGCGCGCCUUUUUGUCUUGGUGUCCAUCGCUGACUUUGUCCAUUGCAGAGGAGAAACAUCUUGGUCUGAACAUGAUCCAUUUCGAUGAGCAACAUGACGUCGCGCCGGGCUGGAAGACUGCGGAAACAGACAAGCUCCUGUUUCCAUCCGUUCAGGGCUGGGAGAAGCGACCUGUGCAGUUCGAACAGCUCAAGAGUGGGUCACACAGGUAUGCAACGCAUGAUCUCAGUACGAAUAUUUUGCUGAUAGGUCUUCAGUGCAAGCUUGAGAAUCUCGCUCGUUCAACCGCAGUAUACAACCAAGUUGCUUCAAAGCGAAGCUCCUGCUCUACCUGAGACAUCAGAGUUCCACGGUGAUGGUACCAUCUACGACGAGCUGGAUAAAUCGAUGUUCGAAGUCGCGCCUGCUACACCUUCUACUGUCAUUGAUCCCGACACGACCGACAAGAGCUAUAUGAAACAGUUGCAAGAUAAGCAGACAGCGACGCCCGCGCCAACAUCUGACGUGCUUCACAAGGCUUCACAAGGAGAAAAAGCAACCACUCCAUCCGACGAUCGGGAGGAUACUGGUUUUGGAGAUGGCGAACCGUCUGGUGCUUUUGGCGAGAGCCUCGAUACACAAUCCAGCGACCUUCCUCGAAUGAGAUCUGUGCUCCAGGGCGCAGUGCAGCCCGAGCACUUGACACAGGGCGAUACGCAAACACAAGCAUCCAUGCGGCCACCGCCAGUACCAGUCUAUAGCGUCCCAAAGGUGCCAUCGAUCGCGCCGCCAGCUGCAACUUCGACGCCUUUACAGAAGCUACAGCUCGAUCCAGCCGUGGUGUCGAAGCUGCACGCUAACCAGACCAACCUCACAGAGAGUGCUCUGAAGCUUGCCAAAGCCAAAAUAUCUCAUGGCAAAAUUGGCGACAUUCUAUACUGUCAAUGCGGGAAGCAAGUCCGGGAUGAUCAAAUGGCAAGUCUCGAACAUGACCACAGAAGGGCGACCGCUAACAUGUGUGCAGAUCGAUUGUACAUGCUGUGGAACUUCGCAACAUUACCAUUGCCAGGGAUUCUCUGGCGCUGAGGAUCCUCGCAUUCCUGAGAACUAUACGUGCUAUCAUUGUCUUCUCCACGGCCGUGACGAUAGCACUCGGAAGGUGAUUGACGAUCUCGUGCUGAAGCGGCGAGCUAUGGUCACCGCUUUGCAGCAUGGCUUGAAAACGAAGACCGACCUGGGAAAGAGGCUUGGUGAGUUUUGAUAAGGGAACUCGGAUGGGCGCCACUGUACUAAUGUUCCCAGGCGUCCGAACCGAAACAGCCGGAAAUGUCCACACUCACCUUCGUGAGCAAGGCUUUGUGGUGCCGGUCGCCUCUUCGCACAGUCGCGGGUUUGGGAAAAGCGGCAAGCCGCAUUUCGUGCCCAUCAAUGGGGGAACAAACUUCGACAGAAUGAUCCGUGAGCUGUUUGAUCCUCAACUCCACGUCGAGCAGAUGGUAAUCCAUGUGUGAUGCCCUGUCUCUGCGGUCAGCUGACACACUAUAGUACACGAAGAGCGCUGUGAUUCCAACACAGGUAAAAGAGCAGCUUCAACGCCUGCAACUGGCCGAUAUGCCUGUGGCUACCAUGUCACAUCCGCGUCAGAAGAGUAGCGCGACGCCCACGACCGCGACCGCGACCGCAUCCGACCUCGAUCCGCGCUCUCCAGCCACGCCUUUUAGAACACCGAGCCAUCCGCCAGGAAAACGACUGAAGCGUGGCCGUGAAGGCGAAGAUCUCAUCCACGACUCGGCUCAAGAGGUUGGAACGAAGCGUCUGCGCACUGUACAGACCACAUGGACUAUUCUUGCAAAUGGACUGCCAAGUCCGGUCCCGCCAAGAAAAUAA